CGGGAGGAGCCGCUCCGAAGCCGGCCGUCGCGACUGCCAAGCUGCGGGAGCGGGACUGGCGGCGGGUGGCUGCCGGCUCUGCCAGGGCCUCCGGGCCGGGAGAAGGCGCGCGGCUGCCAUGAGCCAGGCGGCCGCCGAAGGGGGAGCUGCUGCCUCCCGCGGGCGCCCCUCGCCGCCCGCCCCCGCAGCCCCCUCCGCCUUCCUCGCCGCGGGCGGCUGGGCGGCGGAGCAGCUCGGAGAGGACGCUGAGAACGGGGAGCCCCGGAGGAAGGCGGCGGCGGCGGCGGCCGGAGCGGAGGAGACGGAAGCCGGGGGGGCUUGGCCGCUCUCCUGCCGCCUGCCUCCAGAGGCCGGGGAGGAGAUGAAAGAAGUAGAAGAAUGUAUAGAAGAGAUGUUAAUAAGACUGGAUGAGUUCUGUGGUAUGACUGAUAUGAUUAGGAGUGAUACAUCCAAGCUCUUGGAAGAGAUGAUUCCACUUAUUAAGGCCAAAGUUUCAGAAAUGAACAAUGUCUAUACAAAAGUGGAUAAACUAGAGGCAUUUGUGAAAAUGGCUGGACAUCACGUCGCUUUCCUAGAAGAACAAGUUCUCCAAGCAGAGAAGGCUAAUGCUGGCUUUCCCUCAUCUAUUCAGAAGCUGCUUGGGUCAGUGGCUUUCCCCUUAUUUAAAAAAACGUGUACUCCGGCUGCACAGCACAAUUAUAACCUGCCUGAACUUUAUAGAACUGAAGAUUAUUUUCCUAUCAAAUAUAUCGGUAGCAAGCAUCAAACCCAUUAGUUCUGUAUUUAAGUUUAUAACCUCACAAUCAAAUAAACAUAUAUGGUAUUCUCCUUCCCACUUCCCUAUUUUGCAUCUGUAUUAGAGCACAAUUCAUCAUGGGAAAAGAAAACUGCUAUUUCCAAUGUGUUGCAUUCUAUUGUCCAUUGGGGGAAAGGCUGUUUAUUUCCUUUGUGUUUGAUUCUUG